UGCUGUUUCUUUCCAUCUUUCCCCCAUCUCCUUGAGGUACGUUUUUAUUUUCUAUGAUUGAUCACGUAGUGGUUUAAGUCAAACAACCUUGGUAGCAUAAUCAGUGUUACUAUACAAAAGUGUUUAUAAAUAAAAUGUUUUCAUGACUGGAAACAUAGAUUUUAUAAUAUUUUGCCCUUAGGGCUUCAUGGGGAUUUAAGAGUCACUGUAAGAUUGAUUUGAUAUUGAGACUUUAAUACCUUCAUUUAACUACAGGCAUGUUUUAAAGAUAAACAAGAUGAAGGGGCUUGUGAUUCUCUCUUUCACCUUCAGACCUUACCACAACUCAACCUAUUUUUGAAGAAGCAGAAAUUCUCUGGGAAUCACGUGUGGUGGUGUUAUUUAGUGGAAAGUUGAACAGAAUUCUCUCUGAUGGUGAGUCACACCCCAUGGGUUCAUGUGGCAAAAGAGCUCCUUGACACAGGAUUGUAGAAUGAUGGCUUCAUUCCAGCGCUCCAACAGUCACGACAAAGUAAGGAGAAUAGUUGCAGAGGAGGGUCGGACAGCAAGAAACCUAAUAGCUUGGAGUGUUCCACUAGAAAGUAAAGAUGAUGAUGAAUACAUUGUUGUUCGGUGCUACCUAGUUGGUUCCAACUCAUAGUGACGCUGCGUACAACAGAACGAAACACUGCCUGGUCCUGCGCCAUGCUCACAGUCAUUGGAAAGCCUAAGUGUCAAACUGGUGGGAAAUCGAAGAGAACAAUUCAAGGCACUCAUAAAGCUGCUAAACAGCAGAACACUGCAGUAGACUGUAAAAUAACGUUGUCUGCAGCUGGAGAUAAACACUUUGAUAAAAGUCCCACUAAAACAAGGCAUCCUCGGAAAAUUGAUUUAAGAGCUCGAUACUGGGCAUUUCUUUUUGACAAUCUUCGUCGAGCAGUUGAUGAAAUCUAUGUAACUUGUGAAUCAGAUCAGAGUGUGGUGGAAUGUAAGGAGGUGCUAAUGAUGCUGGAUAACUAUGUAAGGGAUUUCAAAGCAUUGAUUGACUGGAUUCAGCUUCAGGAAAAGCUAGAGAAGACAGAUGCUCAAAGCAGACCAACUUCAUUGGCAUGGGAAGUAAAGAAGAUGUCUCCAGGACGUCACGUGAUUCCAAGUCCAUCAACAGAUCGAAUAAGUGUAACAUCAAAUGCUCGAAGAAGUUUAAAUUUUGGGGGUUCAACUGGCACAGUGGCUGCCCCUCGUCUGGCUCCCACAGGUGUCAGUUGGGCUGAUAAGGUAAAGGCUCAUCAUACAGGCUCUCCUGCUUCUUCAGAUAUAGCACCUGCCCAGUCUUGCCCACCGAUGACAGUACAGAAGAGUUCCCGCAAAAAUGAACGGAAAGAUGCUGAAGGAUGGGAGACUGUUCAGAGAGGAAGGCCUGUUCGUUCACGAUCGACAGCAGUGAUGCCAAAAGUUUCAUUAGCAACAGAAGCUUUAAUGUCCAAGGAUGACAGUGAUAAAGAAAAUGUACGUCUUUUAUCUGAUGAAAGCAUACAGGAAGGUGAAUUUGUUGGAGAUGGACCUCCUAAUACUGUCGAGUCUCGGCCCAAAGACUCUUUACACUCUUGUGAGCAUCCUCUUGCUGAAAGAACCCAGUUCACAGUGAGUACAUUGGAUGAUAUUAGAAGCUCUGGCAGUGGUUUCUUACAAGAUGAUUCUGUGUGCGCUUCUGAGAUACCUGCUGUUCACGUUGAAACAGAGUGUGUUUCAAUUACUCAGCAAGCUGACACACCUCCUUUGCAAACAAAUGAAGACAAAUUUCCAGCAGAGAAAGCAAGGAUAGAAAAUGAAAUGGACCCGUCAGAUAUUUCAAAUGUGAGUGCUGCUAACUUGUCUAUGGCAGAAGUUCUUGCUAAAAAAGAAGAGUUAGCAGAUCGUUUAGAAAAGGCCAAUGAAGAAGCCAUUGCUAGUGCCAUUGCUGAAGAAGAACAGUUAACUAGAGAAAUUGAAGCUGAAGAAAACAAUGAGAUUAACAUUGAAACUGACAACGACAGUGAUUUUUCAGCCGGCAUGAGCAGCGGAAGUGUAACUUUCUGUGGUUUGUCUAUGGACUGGAAUGAUGUCCUUGCAGAUUAUGAAGCUCGUGAAUCUUGGCGCCAAAAUACAUCCUGGGGGGAUAUUGUAGAGGAGGAACCUGCUAGACCUCCAGGGCAUGGAAUUCACAUGCAUGAAAAACUUUCCUCCCCAUCUCGCAAAAGAACAAUAGCAGAAUCUAAGAAGAAACAUGAAGAAAAACAAAUGAAAGCGCAGCAGCUAAGGGAAAAGUUACGUGAAGAGAAAACAUUAAAGCUUCAGAAAUUGUUAGAAAGGGAGAAGGAUGUCCGGAAGUGGAAGGAAGAAUUACUAGAUCAACGACGUAGGAUGAUGGAAGAGAAAUUACUUCAUGCUGAAUUUAAACGAGAGGUGCAAUUACAAGCAAUUGUGAAAAAAGCACAAGAGGAAGAAGCUAAGGUAAAUGAGAUUGCCUUUAUAAAUACCCUUGAAGCCCAGAAUAAACGCCAUGAUGUUUUAUCAAAAUUGAAGGAAUAUGAGCAGAGGCUUAACGAGCUACAGGAAGAGCGUCAGAGAAGACAAGAAGAAAAGCAAGCCCGUGAUGAAGCUGUGCAGGAACGUAAGAGAGCUCUAGAGGCAGAACGGCAGGCCCGUGUAGAAGAAUUACUGAUGAAGAGGAAAGAACAGGAAGCCCGAAUUGAACAGCAGAGGCAAGAAAAGGAAAAAGCUCGUGAGGAUGCAGCCCGGGAAAGAGCUAGGGACAGGGAAGAACGCUUGGCAGCACUCACAGCUGCCCAACAGGAAGCUAUGGAAGAGCUGCAAAAAAAAAUUCAGCUGAAGCAUGAUGAGAGCAUCCGAAGGCACAUGGAACAGAUUGAACAAAGAAAAGAGAAAGCUGCCGAGUUAAGCAGUGGACGACAUGCAAAUACUGAUUAUGCCCCCAAACUGACCCCUUAUGAAAGAAAGAAACAGUGUUCUCUCUGCAGCGUCCUGAUCUCAUCAGAGGUGUAUCUUUUUAGCCACAUUAAAGGGAAAAAACACCAGCAAGCUGUGAGAGAGAACAGCAGCAUCCAAGGGCGAGAGCUUUCAGAUGAAGAAGUGGAACAUCUUUCCUUAAAGAAGUAUAUCAUUGACAUUGUGGUUGAAAAUGCAGCUCCACCAGAGCCUGUGAAAGAUGGAGAAGAGCGGCAAAAAAAUAAAAAAAAGGCCAAAAAGAUAAAAGCACGGAUGAACUCCAGGGCGAAGGAAUAUGAGAGUUUAAUGGAAACAAAAAAUUCUGGCUCUGACUCACCUUAUAAAGCAAAACUUCAGCGAUUAGCCAAAGAUCUUCUAAAACAACUACAAGUACAAGACAGUGGCUCAUGGGCAAACAAUAAGGUUUCUGCCUUGGAUCGGACCCUAGGCGAGAUCGCUAGAAUACUGGAAAAGGAGAAUGUGGCAGAUCAGAUUGCAUUUCAAGUUGCUGGUGGAUUAACAGCUCUUGAACACAUCCUUCAAGUAGUGGUCCCAGUCACAAAUGUGAACACAGUUUCACGAAUUCCUCCUAAGUCUCUCUGCAAUGCAAUCAAUGUUUACAACCUCACCUGCAAUAACUGUUCAGAAAACUGCACCGAUGUUCUGUUUAGUAACAAGAUUACCUUCUUAAUGGACCUCCUGAUACACCAGUUGACGGUGUAUGUUCCAGAUGAAAAUAAUGCUAUUUCAGGAAGAAAUACAAAUAAGCAAGUAUUUGAAGGCUUGACCACGGGACUUCUCAAAGUCAGCUCUGUGGUUUUUGGCUGCCUGAUUGCCAAUCGACCAGAUGGAACCAGCCGGCCAGCUACACCAAAAAUAUCAACACAGGAAAUGAAAAACAGGCCCUCACAAGGUGAUGCUUUUAACAGUCGAGUUCAGGACCUCAUCAGCUACGUGGUGAACAUGGGUCUGAUCGACAAGCUGUGUGGCUGCUUCCUCUCGGUGCAAGGCCCAGUGGAUGAGAAUCCCAAGAUGGCCACGUUUCUGCAGCAUGCCGCAGGACUUUUACAUGCAAUGUGCACACUCUGCUUUGCUGUCACUGGAAGGUCGUACAGCAUAUUUGACAAUAAUCAUCAGGAUCCCACGGGGCUGACAGCUGCUCUUCAGGCCACGGACCUGGCUGGAGUCCUGCACAUGCUCUACUGUGUCCUCUUCCACGGCACCAUCUCAGACCCCAGCACUGCCAGUCCCAAGGAGAGUUAUGCCCAGAACACAGUCCACGUGGCCAUUCAGAGUAUACGUUUCUUCAACAGCUUUGCGGCACUCCAUCUGCCUGCUUUUCAGUCUAUUGUAGGGGCAGAGGGCUUGUCCCUUGCAUUCCGUCACAUCGCCAGCUCCCUGCUGGGCCACUGCAGCCAAGUCUCCUGUGAAAGCCUCCUCCAUGAGGUCAUCGUCUGUGUGGGCUACUUCACUGUCAACCACCCAGAUAACCAGGUAAUCGUACAGUCGGGCCGCCACCCCACGGUGCUGCAGAAGCUCUGCCAGUUGCCCUUCCAGUAUUUCAGUGACCCACGGCUGAUCAAAGUGCUGUUCCCUUCACUUAUCGCUGCUUGUUACAACAACCGUCAGAACAAGAUCAUUCUGGAGCAAGAGAUGAGCUGUGUUUUACUGGCCACGUUUAUUCAGGAUUUUGCACAGGCUCCAGGUCAGGCAGAUAACCAGUCUUACCAGCCCAAAGGAAAAUGCCUUGGUUCCCAAGACUAUCUUGAGCUGGCUAACCGAUUUCCUCAGCAGGCUUGGGAAGAAGCUCGACAGUUUUUCUUGAAAAAAGAGAAAAAAUAAAUGUUUUAUUUGGGUCCGCAUUUGAGUACCCUCGUUAAUAUUUUAAAUUGUUCAAACAAACUUUCUCACUGUUCCUUAAGAAAUUCAUUUUCCCAUGUUUAUACUGUCCCCUGCACUGUAGAUAUGGUAUAUACUUUGUGCUGUUUAUAAUGACUGUAGAUACUUUAAUGUUCUACUUUCUAAUUUUACAAGUCGAGUUUGUUUCAUUGAUGCAUAAUAUUUUGGAUUUUGGUAACUUCCAUCCAAUCAUAAUAUAUAACUUGCAUUUGUAAUAUGGGUGAAAUUAGACACCAAAUUAGAAAGUCUGUUUUGUUCUUGUAAUAAAAUAAAUUAUUCUGUUUGCAAUGUGACUUUAUUUCACAUUUAGUCUUUUCAAACUUUUGUUGAGGCAAUACAAAUUUGGGGGAAAAAAACUCCAAUGCCUAAGGUAUCUUUAAUUAAAGACUUAAUUAAAGUUUACUCUCUCUGAAUUUCCCUUUUUAAUGUUUGGGGUAAGGAUGUUUCUAACACUUUCACAUUCCAACUGCAUAGUGUGUUUUGAGGGCUUCUUAAAGUGAGUUUAGAGCACUGUAUUCAUUGGUCUGCCCAAAGUUUCGUAGCAGGCAAGACUGAGAAUGUCCUCUAGUAUUGCUGAACCCAAGUAUUCUCCGGAAAAAAAGAUUAGUGAUGUAAAAAAGAUCAAUCAUAAUGAACUAUCCUAAAGAAUUUUCUCAAAUAAUUGUGAGUUGAAGCAACACUGAAGUAAAAAUAAAGCAGAAGGUCACAGUGACUCUGAAUAAGUUUCCAACUACCCCGAUGCACUGCACUGCACACAGUUGAACGUGUGAAGUGUCAGCCUGGGAGAUGUUGACCUUUUCAUGUCUUGUUCUCACCAUUUCUCCACAGUAAGCCCACGGUCAGUGCUAAGCCGUUCACUGAGUGACAUCAGCAAUAAUUUCUGUCAGAUAAGAAUCAGACAACUACCAAGAAAAAAGAUCUGGUGGGGAGGGGGAGUUGAUCUGAAAAUUCAUCAGACCCAAGAUCAUCAGAUCGGAAACUGGAAAACACAGAAGUUUCGACUGUUUUUAAAAGCAGACUUCUACCUAAUGCUCGAGAGAUUUCUUUUUGGAGCCUCAUAAAGCUGCCGAAUUAUGUAUAUUCUGUUUUUACUUCUUUGCAAAUUGAGAGAAAAUAAAGUCCAAUUAAA